GGUCCGCGGCGCGGUGAACGCGGCUGGGGUCUCGGCGGGGGAACUCGGCGUGGUAUAUAGUGGGGUCGCGUCGCAAUGCCAGCAACUCAACGUUAGUUGUUCAUCACCAGUCGUCAUGUCUUCAUCUGCUCCAACUUCACCCAAAGUCGCCAAGUCGCCCAAGGCCAGAAGCUCGUCCAAAGGUGGCGCCAAGAAGACCGCUUCUCACCCAACUUAUUCGGCCAUGAUUCGCAAGGCUGUUGUUGAGCUCAAGGACAAGUCUGGAUCAUCCAAAUCUGCCAUCCUGAAGUACAUCCUCCAGAACUACAAACUCGGAGAAAAUGUCGCCAAGGUCAACGCUCAGCUCCGAACUGCCAUCAAGAAGGGCGUAAUCAAGGGAGAUCUCAAGCAAGUCAAGAAGCCAGUUGCCAAGAAGCCAGCUAGCGGUGCAUCCGGUGAAAAGAAAGCCGCCACACCCAAGAAGAAGCGAUCCAGCAGCAAGAAGCCCAAGGCUGAGAAGAAGGCGAAGAGCCCCAAGAAGGCCAGAAAACCAAAAGCCAAAUCUGCCAAGAAACCAUCAGCAGCCAAGUCUCCCAAGAAGUCCACCAUGAAGAAAUCCAAAAAGGUCUCCAAGCCCAAGGCGGCGAAGAAGGCAACGACUAAGGCGUAAUCAUUGUGCCUUGUUAAGUGUCCUUAAUCUUCCAGAGAUCUCAUGUACAUAGUUCUAUUGGUCUACCUCAU